UUUUGUCAUAAAUAAACCACCAUUUAUGUACUUUUAUUUAUUCAUUAUUAAACAAAAGUAGUACCCUGUAUGCGUGUCUAUGGAGUUUACGAACGGACAUUGAACCACGGCCAUCUGAUACAAUUUUAUAGGUUAGAUUUUUAAUUUUCUGAAAAUGCACAUAUUUAAAGAACUUAUAAAAGGUAAUAGAUUUAAUUUAAUCAACUCCUUCUCCAGAAUGACGUAUGCAAAAGCUACAGUUUUGGGUGGUGCCUUAAAGAAGAAGAAAGGGGGUAAAGGAGGGCCCAUGACAGAAAAGCGAGUAUUGCCAGUGGAGACUGAUCCUGAAAGAUUAGUUAACUAUGCAUGCGGGACUAAUAUUUUUAAAACUGGAGAGGAUGUAAAAUUGUUACCGGAUAGCGAGUAUCCUACUUGGCUAUGGGAUGUUCGCACUGGACCUCCACCACCUUUAGAAGAACUUGAUCCUAAUUCAAAAGAAUAUUGGAGACGGGUGCGUAAAAUGGCAAUUAAGAGGAACACACAGCUUGCACGAAUAAAUAUGUUAAAGUAAAUUUUUGGUAGGUACUUGUAGUUAUACUAAGAGAAUAAAAUUAUGAUGUUGCUUAGCCUAGGGUUCUAAUUUCAGAUGUAAAUUUAAUGUUUUGGUCAUAAUUAAAUUAUGUUUGUUUUACUGAG